AUGAUGGCAGAGGGCGAGCAGCUUUAUAGACAGCUUUCAGACACAAGUCUCCUUUCCAAUGCGGAAACCCUCACAAUAUACAAAUCUGAGGAUGAGUUUUCCAGAAAGGUGAACAAAUUUAUUCAUUCUCACGCCCUCACACAAUCUUUGAGGGAUGAUCCACGUUUUGAAGAAUCACGGCCACAUUUGCAAAUUCCAGCAGAAAUGAAAGUGCACAGUCUUACCAGUGGUACCCUAGCUGGUUCAAAUAAAAUUGUCGUGCCGCCCUAUGUGUGGAAUGAAGCAGGCGGUAAAAGCCUUGUCUCGAUAUUCUACCUUGGCUCAGAUGUAGCUGGCCAUCCCGGCAUAGUCCACGGAGGCUUGCUUGCGACGCUAUUGGAUGAGGGCCUUGCAAGAUGUUGUUUCCCUGCUCUCCCCAACAAAAUCGGUUUGACCGCUAGUUUGAAUAUUGAUUACCGUCGCCCCGCGAUGGCUGAGGCGUAUUUUGUUCUGCGCGCGACAACUGUGAGAGUAGAAGGGAGGAAAGCUUGGGUCGAAGGACGGAUCGAAACACUUCCAGAAGCAGGAGAGGAGCCAAGAGUCCUUGUUGAGGCAAAGGCUUUGUUUGUAGAGCCAAAGAAUGCAGCAGUACGCACCCCCGUCUAA